CAGGGAUCGCCUUGCACAGAUGUAACCAAUGGUGAAGAUACCCGUCAAGCACGCAAUAAAAAAACAACCACCCCACUCAAAAAUCGGCAGUGGCGGUAGCUACAAGGAACUGAAUAAAUUUUUUCACCACCAAAACCAUUCGCAGUUCGAAUUUCGAAACUUCAUCAAGUGUCGGUGAGCUUGAACAUUCAGCAAGUGUCCAAAAUGUCUCACAGGUGUUACAGUAACGUCAUGAGCGUGGAAGAGAUCAGGGGCCAGCGCAUUCUGACCUCUGUUUCAUCCCCCAAAGAUGAACUGAGAUUGGAGGUUUUCGCGAAGAACAUCCCACAGUACCUGAACGAGGACGACAUAGUGCCAUUCUUCGAAAAAGUGGGACCUGUCCACAUACUGAGGUUGAUGUUGAACAAGAACAACAGGGGAAACAGAGGCUUUGCCUACUUGACCUAUCUGAAUAGCGAUGAUGCUAAGACAGCAAUCAAGACUUUGAACGGAAAGGAAAUCGUGCCAAAUUGUCCUAUAACAGUCACUCAAUCCAUGAACAACUGCAGGAUCUUCCUUGGGGGUAUCCCGGUGAAGAAAACCAAGGAUGAAGUUUGGCAGGAGUUGAACAAGAGGGGAAUAACAGGAAUUGUUGAUGUUAUUAUGUACAGGUCCUACAACAAUCGAGCUCAAAAUAGAGGGUUCGUUUUCGUUGAGUUUCCUACCCAUCAGUAUGCUGCCAAGAUGAGGAACAAGAUGAAAGGAAUGAGCUUGUGGAACAAUGAGGUCAUUGUUGAUUGGUCAGUGCCGGAAGCUGUGGUUUCUGAUGAUGAGAUGAAGAAGGUGAAGAUUCUCUACCUUCGAAAUUUGAAUGUGAUGGAGUCCAGAGAUUAUUUGAAAGCGAUUAUCGAGAUGUACAUGAACCCUGAAUUCAUAGAAAAAGUAUAUAAAUUCAAGGAUUACGCUUUCAUCCACCUAACUUCCAGAAAAGCUGCAACAGAACUUCUGGACAUACUGAAAAAGCAUUACAGAAAUACUGCAGUUGAAGUGACGUUUGCCAAGCCCUCUAACGAAUUCACCAAACCAGAAUAUCGAAAAAUGAUACUAUCAAAAUCAAGCACCAGUCCUCCAGCAUCGGAAAGAUCUCCCAGCACUAGGCAGAAGAACUUUUCAGAGAGGGAAGAAGAGAUGAGGUUCCUAAAUUCCCUCCAGAGAAUCCACCCAAACACCUUCCAAAUGAAUGAGAAUUUUCCCGAACUGCUUGAUCCAUACCGACACAUGAAUUUGGCUUCGAGCUCGCCAGACGUUGCCAGAGAACAGAACUAUGCUACCUUUGCAACUCCAGAAAUUCAACGUCGUAUGGGUACAACCAUUCUAAAUCUGCCCAAUUUGCAAGAAGCUUUCGGUUCUUUGCAAGUAGAAACUUCUCGAGAAAAUGAACCGUUCUUAUCUUCAACUCCGAUCCUCAAAUGCUCAAAUUCGUAUGAACGGAAUUUAUAUCCAUUCGGGAGAGCUCUGGAAAUUGGAUCUUUCGCAUCCCCUUUGAACGCUCAGAGACUGCAUGAAGCACCAGAACGACCUCUAAGCGAUCAAAAAAAUACUCCCUAUUUCGUAAGAGAAAAUAAUGUUUUGUCAUGCAAAGAAAACUUGAGUUCCUCACACUACUGGCGUCAUUUGGAAUCGAAACCAAACCAACAUAAAGAUAAGGAAAACUGGCCCACUUUUCCAUGCUCUUGGGCUGAUAUUCUUUGCAAAGGAGAACCUGAGGCAAAGCCAUUUUCUUCUAUAGGGAAUAUUCCUGACCAUAGUCAAGGCAGAACAAACUCUCGUCGAUCUUUUUUGGAAUCAGAUAGGUCAUUGGAUGAGUUCAACUUGUUCGAAGAAAGAGUCAGAAAAUGUCUCUAUGAAUGAUAGGAUGUAUUGAACAUAUAUAACAUUCCCUCGACUGAUUAUUUUUAUUGAUAUUAUUAAUUAAUUAUUAGUGUAUCUUACAAUGACUUCAACAUCUUUUUUAUGUAUUUAUCCUGAAACAAAA